AUGUACCUGAUUGUGGGUGAAUGUUUUGCUUGCCUUCCAUAACUUUGGCCACUUCAGUCACAUUUUUGACUAGAGUGUACACAGCAGCAGUUAAACUCUGAUUUCAGCCUCCCAGUUUGACUAAUCUGUGCCUGAAGUUGGGUUGGGUUGGGUUGCAAAGGCCAUACUUAAUCUGAACUUUUAGAUUUUAUUCCCAGCUAUUAUAAGUGGUUGUUCUCCUCCUGUUCCUGGAAGCUAUGGUAAUAUUUUCUCCAAAAAUCUGCAUUAAUUAUAUUUCUGAAAUAGCAGCUGCCAUCUCACAUACAAAUAUGAAGUGGAUACACACUUAGCUUUGGAUAGUGUACAUUAUCAAAAUCUUCAUUGUAUACGUAAAGUAGCUAAUAAUAUCGGUAUACAGUAUUUACACCUGUUGUAUAGAGAUAACAUAAUUUUAUUUGACUCCAACAUCCAAGUAAUAUACAGUAUAACUAACUAUAUGAUUGGUUGUUGCAGGUUGCAGAGUACAUUCUUAAAUUCAAUGAGCUGGAGGAGAACUUCAAGAAGAGAUCCAUCGAGUUCAGGAUGAUCCAGGGUGAACUGAAGACUAUCAAGGAGUUUCGGAAAAAGAAAGCCCAGAUGGCGCAGGAGCUCAACAGUGUGAGAACAAGAUGGACAGAAACCUUGCUUGAUACCCUGAAGUACCACUCUUGAUUGUGAAUGAUUUCACAAUUCUAUCAAUGAUCAUCAACUCUCUACUUUCUAGAUUAAAGAAAACAUGUACCUUGCGGAGAGCGAGCACAAGGAAAGCUAGAAUGGAGCACAAAUUCUUCAGUGAAAAGGUAUGAUGACUUUAAAUUGACAAAUUAUUUUGUACAUUAAAAAUACACUUGGGGAAAACGAGCCUUGAGCUAAUCAAAAAGUAAUGGAUUUAAUGGGUAAAGAUGUUAAGGUGUGAAAAGCCUAACUGAGCAAUAGAGAGGGGUGAGAGGAACAGUGAGUACUGUGUGUUCGCCUGCAGGUUCGCCUAGAAAAGAAGGCAGAGCAGAGGAUCGCCUAACUGGCUGAGAGGGCCCACAAUGAAGCCGUUGUGUCUCCGCUGGCCAAUUACGGGCUAAUUUUACUCUUCAAACUGCACCUUCAGGCCAGGAGAAAAAAAAGAGGCAAAAAUAAAUAACCUAGGAGGGAAAACAAGGUUAUUAUCUUGACCACACCAGUUUAUCUUCCUUAAGAUCGUGUACAUCACCUAAGCCAAUGAUGACAUCCCCAGCAGUUCCAGAAUGCCUUGCAAAGAAGAGUGUCCUGGUUUGGAACAGAGUGUGGGGAAGACCUCUCUGUGUACUGUAUAGUUCUAAAGCCAUUUGAGGACAGACUAGGUACUGUAUAUACUUUGAAGUCUGUGUGUUCUUUUAUGGUCUAUAAAUUAUCUUCAACAUUGAUACUGAAUGUGGCAUUUUUCAUCAAUUUUAUUCCCAGUUCUAUACUUCAGUUAUUGGUGAUUUAUAUAGUAGAAAUAAAUGUAACCUGUGUUUUCAGACCAAGCUGACAUCUCUAUCUGAAACAGAUCCUCCCCAGCAAUCUAUGCUUUGAAUUUGAUGUCGCUCAUGAUUUUCUCUACAACAUCACCAGACUGCUCCCUGUCCCGUCACCAAACCCAGUUCACCAUCCUUAUGGUGUCAAAGUGACUUUAGACUAAAGAUAAGUGGUGGAAGUGCCAUUUAUACCUCAGAGAGUAUGUCACCUGACAGGUAAAACUGUGCCAUUCUUGUCUUCUAAAUGAACAGGCAGCUAGACAACGCAUCGCGCUCAAGGAGAAUGUUAGUCUCAGCGGGGCGCUAGGCUACCAAGUGGAGGACCUGAGGAAGAUGACUGUGUCGUUAGCUGAGGAAUACGCCUCCCUGGCACUGCAUAAGGUACACCAGCCCCAAUGGCGCCGCAAACAGAACUGCAGGCAUUUUCAUGCACUGGCAGUGCCUGGACGAAGAACCAUCAUCUCAAUAACUUGUAUUUUCUAAAUUGUUAAACACGUGGCAGAUGUCCAGUGGACAUAUUUCAGAUGGUAUUUCCCCCGUUUUAUUUAUUUUUGCUGACCCCUUGUUUGUUUUGCUUGCUUUCCCUCAUACCCCUCACCUCCACAAUGCGAGCCAGUCUCUCGGUGGCUGGUGGUUGUGACGAGUUUCCACUGGCUUCUGGGUUCCAAGUCAGUGGCUUCCCCCCUCAGCAUUUUCAGACACUGUUUCUCUAAGGCAAAUAAAUACGGUGUACCGUAAUCUCACCCAUUAUUUAGAUAAAGAGAGGACAGGAUGAAGUCACCCCAGCUCAGUCCUCCUUCCAUGCUCAUCCUUCUUCUGUUCCAUUCCAUGCUCAUUCCUUCCAUUUGGCAGUCAAGCCCCCCAAAACAUUAUCCAUUCAUCAACAUGCCAUUUAGUGGCUUUAAUUAAUUACGUUACUUUGGAGAAAGCUAUAUGUAUAUUGUCAUGAUGAUCUCAACCCUAUUUUAAGACUAACCCCUCAACCAUUCCUAUAUUUCCCACCCCUAGGAUACCAGUGAGCUGAUGGAGAAUAGCAGAGCUGAGGGGGAAGGUGGGGACCCUGGAGCUGUAGACGCCGGAGCAGGCCUUAGGGCUCAUGGUGGGGGUGUUUGAGAGAGACGAGGAGACGCAGCACUGGGCCCUGGACAGCACCCAGGCCGGCCAGGUGGAGUUGGACAAGUUGCAGAAGCUGCUGGCCACGCGGGAGGAGGAGAUUGGGCUAGUGAAGCGGCUGCCACGCAGCAUCGUGUAGCAGCUCACAGAGAUGGAAUGAUUCUUCCAGGAGGUCCUGGGCAAGGUGAAGCAGGAGAUCCAGGCCAGCCGAAUGCAGUACAGGCAGGAGGCCUACCGUAGGAGGAUGAGUGAGGCCUGGUCAGGCAAGCAGGAGGAAGUACCCCUGCAUCCGCAUCUUCCACAAAACCCCUCACAGCACCAACAGUGUCUACACUGACCUGGAGGAGGCUGAGAAGUGGUGAGGCCUGCCUGCGGUCAUUACCACCACUUACCGUACAUUUCCCCAUUGCUCUGGUAGCAACUCCUUGUCAGCUGCAUAUGAUUCAGCAUUCAUCUAUUCUGAACAAACAUUGUACACUGUUCAAAAGUUGACAAAUAAUGUCUAGACUGUUCCUACUUGAACAUUUAUUUUUCCACUACACUUGUGUUUCAAAAUCUCUGAACUCACGUGGAAGGAGAAAGUGCUUAGACUGUUUGCCAAAAAGAACAGGACAGAAAGCAAGGUAACAGCUAGCUACUACAUUGUGUGGGUCCUGUGUUGUCUGCCAGCAGACAUGCUCAUUGUUAGCUUCCCUCUUUUCUAUUUCUACUGCGUUCAGUUUAGAUGAUACCAUCAAUUUGGAAUCAUGAAACAUGAAAACAAAACCCCUGGCACAAUAAUGUGUAGAGAUCAAAACGUAGUGAUACCAUAAGAAGCAUGAGCCAUGUUGCAGUCUGAGGGCCUUUAUUUGUGACUCCUUUUUAAUGUCUUAAACAGCUCUUUUGUCAGCAGAAGAGGAUACCAUAAAACAUCAGUUAGGUUUAAACCAAUUUUCUUUUCCGUCCAGCGGCUUAAAAAGAAUGAAGAAAGAGUCUGGGCACAAUAGUAAAACUAGGGCCGGCCACAGAGUCCUGUGCUUGGAAACAAACAUCUAGCCACGCCGAUUUGCCUUCAGCCUCUUGGCCCCACUUCACGUGCACAAGGAGUUUAUUGGUUCUUUGAACGCCUGUGGUCAGGGAACAGCUGGCAACAUGAUUGUCAAGUUGAGUGCAGGGGCUCUGAAGGUAUAGGGUGUAUUGGAGGCCAGAGAUGUACUUUAAUGUCAACAUUGCCCUGGCGUCUUGCCUUGCAAACUUAGCAUUUGGCAACCUAUGAUGGAUUUACAGAAACCCAGUAGACUAUGAAUCAUAACCCUUACAAGGCCAUUCUGCAGUCAACAGCUAGACAGAGCAGGUGGCACAGUAUGGUAAAACGUGCAUUUUAAAAUGAACAGCAUUUCAAUGAAACUCUUUCUUUUGCAGGAAUCUGAGCCAACCUUUGGCAUUGUCGGCAUCCCCAGAUAGGAACAAGAACACACCGAUCCCGGGUAAGAAACCAAAAUAAUGUUUGAGGAGACGGUCCUGGUUUCUCUUCGUAAUUACAAAGCUUCGGUAGAUGUAUCUGUCCCAUAUAGCAUGUUUAGCCACUGACAGUGAGGCAGUGAUUCCUGAGAAUUAUUUAUCAGACCUUGUAGAUUUUGUGUUACAUAAUGACAUAUGCCUUGCAGAAUUACAGAGGAGCCGUCCCUUGUGACCAUCAACCAGGCGCCUGUGUUUAACCUGCCCUCUAACCCCAGCCGGAUAUCCAGACCACAUGAGCUCCCCCUGA